AUAAAAAAUAAAAAAACAGAAGUUGUGUACUGUAAUUGUUGUCAUUGUAAAUUCUGGACCAUCAAAACGAAAGAAACAGAGAUAGCGAGAGGGCCGGAGAGAUGUGGGAAGCGUUAAUCGGAUUCUUCUUCGUGUUCGUUCCAUACGCAAUCCCACGCACCUCUGCUACUGUUUCGAUCGAUUCGUUUUCCACGUCCUUCCCCGACCUUCCCGCCAAAUCUGCUGUUGCUGUCAAUAGGUCUGGUACAUGUGGAGCACUGUAUGUAGCAGAUCCUUUGGAGGCUUGCUCUUCGCUUCAAAACAAAGGAACUGAGCAAACGAGAUUGGCUUUGAUAAUUAGGGGUGGAUGUUCUUUCGAAGAUAAAAUCCGGAAUGCACAGAAUGCCGGCUUUCGCGCCGCAAUUGUUUACAAUGAUCAAAACGAUGGAAGCUUGGUUUACAUGAUGAUACACCCGAACAACAUUACAGUGCAUGCGAGUUUUGUUUCUAAGUUUGCUGGUGAAAUCUUGAAGGGGUAUGCUGAAGAGGGAGAAGUCAGAUGCUGUCUAUAUCCAAAUCAUUAUGAAUCAUCCUGGACGGUGUUGACAAUAUCUUUUAUCUCGUUUGUUGUCAUAUGUGCAAUCGCGGUGUUUGUCUACUUUGCACCCAGACAUUGGUCGUCUUCACAAGGAACACAUUUUCGCUCUCAAAGAGUAGAUGCUGAGAUGGUGGAAGCUCUACCCUGCUUCACGUUCAGCUCUGCUCAUCCGAGGGAUUGCCUCACUGAAGACACUUGUGCCAUUUGCCUUGAGGAUUACAAAGAUGGGGAAAUUCUUAAAGUUCUCCCCUGCCGACAUGGAUUUCAUUCAAUCUGCAUGGACUCAUGGUUGAAUAAGUCGGGUACAUUCUGCCCAGUGUGCAAGCAUGAUUUGGCAACGAAAGUUGCAUAUUCUGAUGUGAAGAAAGGAAUCAGGGUAUAGAAUCAACAAAUGGAAAUAAGGAUCGGUCUAGCUCUUGACAUUAGGUGAUGUAAAUAUCCCAACUGAAUUGGCCGAAAAUGGUUGAUAUCCAUGCUGUGGAGGCCAAUGAACUAAUUAUGGAUUGCUUUAUAAGUGGUUCAGCAGAAAACAGAAAUAUAAGAGAGCUUGACACAAUGAUUGCUUUUCAUGGGUACUCCAAGGAGAUGAUUCACCAGCUCAGUCCCAAGGCUCAACAUUCUUAUGAUCCCUUAGAUUUAUCUAAUUCUGUUUCCAAGUUAUAUGUAAGCAUAUUGUAAUUGACUACUAUUUACAGGAGUUGUUUCCUUUGCUCACUUUGCUUCUAAA